AUGGAAGUCUUCCUCUCCAACGUUCCCCCGCGCCUGACGGACCGUACCUUGGAAAAGGAACUGAAGCCCUACCUGAAUGUUUUGGGUAUUCUGGACUGGUCAUGCUCUUCCAAGGCCGGCAGCAAGCUCGGCUGGGUGACCUUUCUCAACUGGGAGGAUGGUCGCAAAUUCUUGCUGCGCCAUGGGAAACAACCCAUAGCCACCCCGGAACCUGCGCGCAUCUCCACAUCGUCGAGUUCUUCCAGAAGCAGAAAGGGCCCAAGAGACAAGCCAAAUCUCCACCUCAUGAACAACCCCGUCUUCGUCUCCCAGAGCGACAGACCCCCCGACCCUUUUGCCCUCAGAAGCCUCAGCCAUCGUCUGCAAGAAAAGUACAAGCAGCGCAAGCAGCAAGACUCCUCCCCCGACAACGAUACCGUCAAGUUUCACGUUGCGAGACUGGCGUGUGGUCACAAUUCGUUUGGCGACGGUAACCAGGCCCUCAUUUUUCACGAGCAGUACCGACUGGACGACCGCGGCCUUGCCAAGUUCGGCAAACGGAUGCUCACCCUGAAGCUCGAUCAGGGCGCCAAGAUCGAAGUACCUUAUUCCUCCAUCGUCGAGAUGAUACACACCUCAGCACCGGCUACCUUUACCUUUGUCUUGAGUGAACCCCCUCACUUCUACCAGUCCCUCACCGAGAUCCAAGACAUGAUGGCCCAGCUGGGUCUGAAUCCUCGCAUGUUGCCCCAGAAGGGCCAUAUCCGCUGUCUCAACAUCCCUGGAGUCGAAGGGCAUGUCAAAUAUUCCGGCAGUUGUCUUGUCUAUCAGAUCAGUGUCUUUGACACCGACUUUGACCACAAGAUGAUCCAUCUUGAGAAAAAGGGCUUGCUAUCUAUCGCUCACUUCAAUGUUGCCCUUAAUCAGACUCCCGCUUUCCGCAGAGAAGACUACCCUAGUUCAUGGACUCACUUUUACGACGGAUUGGCUACUGCUGGAAAGAACGAGUCACUCCCAUUUAGUAUCCUCUUCCAGCUACAGUCUCUGGUGUGGAACAAUUUCCUACACCCACGCUCCGUACACCAGAUGCUACUGUCUCUCCAAUUCAUAUUCCAAAAGGCAAAAGCGGACAACAAGCCCGAACCAAUCUCUGAACAGGCUUUCAAGAGCCUUCGUGGGAAUAUUCAAGAUGCCAUACCAUUUCCAAUCCAUAACGCGGACCCCAAGAAUCUCGAGCCGGACGAGAUUCUGCGCCACCUUUUAGUGGUCGAAAAGCGCCUACGUUCCGAACAUGUCUACCGGAAAGACGCGUUAGGACCUGCGACAGCAAACCACCACGUGCAGGUUUUCAAGGCCAUGGUUACGCCAACGAGAAUUACACUCCAUGGCCCCGAGCCAGAACCCUUGAAUAGAGUGCUUCGCAGAUUCCCUGACCACACGAGUUAUUUUAUGCGGGUUACUUUUUGCGAUGAAGAUGGCGGUGAUUUGUUCUUCAAUCCCAGGGUGUCCUACGACCAGAUCUUUGAUCGCUACCGGAAAGUCCUGAACGGUGGAAUACCGAUUGCUGGCCGGGUCUACCAGUUUCUUGGGUUCUCGCAUUCAUCUCUGCGAUCCCACUCGGCUUGGUUUUCUGCCCCAUUCGUGGAUAGCACUGGCAAACUGCAGUUGUACGCAAACAUCAUCAAGUCCCUUGGCGAUUUUGAUCACAUUCAAAUACCCGCCAAGUGCGCGGCGCGUAUUGGGCAAGCAUUCUCCGAGACUCCUGCAUUCAUCAAUCUCUCCGAGCACCGUAUCAGGCACUGGGACAUACCAGAUGUCAAAUCGCACGAUGGAAAAAUUCAACGAGUUUUCAGCGACGGCGUCGGAACUAUCUCGCAAGAAGCCAUCGAACUGGUCUGGCCACGGCUCCCCCAACGGUCGCUCAUCCCGACAUGUUUGCAGAUCCGCUGGGGGGGCGUCAAGGGUAUGCUCUCCCUGGAAUCCCGGCUAUCGGGCCGUUCUAUCUGCAUCCGCAGGGAAUCUAUGGAGAAAUUUCCGAGCACUGAUGUGCAGAACCUUGAAAUCUGCGAUGCGGCAUCCAAGCCUCUUAAGCUAGUUCUCAACCGCCAGAUGAUCAAGAUUAUGGAGGAUUUGGGCGUUGACAAGAACUUCUUCCUCCGGUUGCAGAAGAAUGAACUUGACCGUCUGCGUGCCGUCACAGCAGAUGCAUACAACACCGGGACGUUCCUUCAUCUCCAGGGUGUGGGCUCGGCCUUCUUUCUCCCAACUUUCAUCAAAAGCCUCGAAAAGUAUGGUAUCGACUACCGACGAGAUGAUUUCCUAAGGGCAGUGGUGGAGUCAACCGUCCUGCGGGAGUUGCGCUUGCUUAAGCACAAGGCUCGAAUCCCUGUGCCUCAGGGUGCCACUCUCUUUGGCGUCAUGGACGAGACCGGAUUCCUCAAAGAGGGGGAAGUUUAUGUCUGCUAUGAUACAUACAAGAGUCCCGGAAAAGCUCCCACCGAAAGAUCUCUUCGGGACGGAAGAGUGCUGGUGACACGGUCGCCUGCCCUUCACCCUGGUGAUAUCCAGUUGGCCAACAUGAGAACGCCGCCGCCCGGCCAUCCGCUGCGCAAUCUCCGCAACUGUGUUGCAUUCAGCCAGCACGGACAGCGCGAUUUGCCCAGCCAGCUAAGUGGUGGCGAUCUUGAUGGCGAUCUCUACAACAUCAUCUGGGAUAAACAAGCCAUGCCCCGAUGGAUUUGCAAAGCCGCGGACUACCCCAGAGUAACACCGGAGCCUCUUGGGCGGCCGGUGACAAGAGAUGAUAUGGCAAACUGGUUCGUUGACUUCAUGAAAUCCGACGUUCUCGGUUUGAUUGCCACGCGACACCUCAUCUUAUCAGACCAAGACCAGGAAGGCACAAUGGGGAGAAACUGUCUCAAGCUUGCUGAGCUGCAUUCUACCGCUGUUGAUUUCUCCAAGACAGGAAUUGCGGUCGAACAGAGGGAAAUUCCAAAGGCGCCUCGUUUCCGACCUGACUUUCUUGCACCUGCCCCUCCCGCUCAGCUCUAUGAUCGUACCCAUAUUGAUUUUAUAGACGAAGACGAAGCAGUUGAUGAUGACGAAGAUGCGCAGGGACCAAAUCACAAGUACUACAAGUCGGAAAAUAUACUCGGUCAGCUUUACCGUAACGUCAAUGAGAAGCAGAUUUGGGAUCAAGAUAUCAAUCGCGUUGUGUCGAAAGCUGGUCCAUCCGUUUGGGACCAGUUCCUAGGGCUCAUGGAGCGCAAGAUUGGAGAAUACGGCAAAGGACGCAUUCGCUGGGAGACGAAGCGCGAGCAAGCCCAAAGUUUGCGUGACGUGUUCGAGGACACUGUCAGUGGAUUCAUGGUGCAAUACUCGGACAAUCACAUGAAACAGCUCACAGAGGUCGAAGUCUUCUGUGGCUCCAUCUUCAACAAAACAGGGUCGCAGACCCGACGUCAGAAAGACAACUCCAAGAAGCUCAAGCAAGAUUUCGAUCGCCUUGCAGACCACAUGACGCAACAGAUGAGACGGAAAGUUCGGAAUGUCGAGGGUUCUAGCACAGCGGUAAAUGAUGAUCUUGACUCCACCUUUGAUAAAGAGGCUCCUGGCUCAGCGGCUGUCGAUGAUCUUGACCGACUUCUCGCACCCAACAGGGAGGCGUUGGAGAUGUCCUAUGCCUGUCUAAAGGUGGGAUUGUUGGACAAUUCCGACGUCGAGUAUGAACAUUGGGCCCAGUUACAGAGCUUCAAGGUGAUUGCGGCCAGCGUCCUGCUCAGAGAGCUGACAGAGCUCGCGAAUCGCGUGAGUUGCGGUCGGUUGGUGUAUGCUAAUGGUGAUGAGACGACGAGUGGAGGCUUUGUUGGUGUCAACUCAGGGCCUGCUUUCUCGUAUGCGUAUAAUGGUUACGAUGUUGAUGUUGGGCAGUACCCCAACUACGGGUACAGUCAGUAUCUGUGA